UGAACUAGUUUAUAAGCGGGAUUUUCUCAUUUCUAUUAGAGACAUUGAAUUGUAUUAGCUUUAAUUUUUUUUUAACGCUAUAAAAACGAGUUUUAAUAAAGAAGAUUAUGUUUAUCAUUUAUGUGCUAUUUGUUUACAAUCACAAUUGUAAGAGGAUGGUGUAAACAAACAACUUUUAUAUAUACAAGCACAUCACUCUCCUGAAACAUCAGAAUCACCAUGCGCCCGAAGGACCACCCCGAUCUGCGAUUCGACGUGAUUCCCAAGCUGUACGAUGUGCACUUCAAGGUGUUCAUAACCAGUUUGUGUCACGUACAGGAGCAGCUGCAUCUGCUGCCCCGACGAUUCUGCGGGAUGUACACAACCCGUCCGCUGGCGAACCAACUGUUCGUGAACCUGAAAAACCGCAAUGCGAAUAUCAAGGAGAAGGACUUCCAUCUGGUGGAGGAGUGCGAACCCUUCUCUCUGAUCCUCAGCGAUGGCAAGCGCCUGGAGGCGAUGUUCUGCUCCGGGAGCCAUCUGGGCAACAGCCUCAUUCUGUUCAUCCGGCGGCAGCAGGGCGGCAAGUUGCUCUACUGCUACUCGGCCGCGAGGCUGGAAAACCUCGGUGCCCUACUGGGCAACCGCAUCUUCAACUCAUGGAUCAGCGAGGGCACCGAUCAGCUGUACCUCAAUCUGUCCUCCGUGAAUUUCCCCUUCGAACAUGUGGACUUCGAUGAGGUAGCAAAGACUAUUGAGGAAUAUGGAAAGAAGAGAAACAAUAGCGUGGUGCACUUGGAUGUACCUUUCUUUGGCUAUGAGGAGAUGCUCUGGCUGUUGGCACACACACGGCUUCGUGGACACAUUCGCCUAGAUGACAAGUUAGCAGAUAGCUACAAGUGCCUUAGUGACGAUCUGGAGCGAUUUCAGCAGAAGGAUUAUGUCACAAGGAUGCAUGUGGGUGGUUCGCUUGGGGAUGCUAAACCAGCCUAUCACCCGAGGAAGGUUGUCUCCCUGGAUAUAAAGCUCUUCAAGUGGUCGCCGAAACCGACGAGGAUGCAUCUUCGCCAGCUUUGCAGCUUAUUGCGACCGGAACACAUUCAGGCGAUUGUGAACUUCCACUCGGAUGGAGUUGUCCCACCCAUUCCCUCGUUUUUGAAAGUCUUCAAACCAAACUACCUUCCGCCAAUCGAUUACGCAACAGCGUUUAAUGAUCUGGGAUUUUCACAGGAAAGAGUGGAGAGACAAGGUCCCUUUCGUGAGGUCCGGACCAAGAAUCGCUGUCAAUUUUUGGACGAUGGCGACGAAAGCAGUUGUUCAGAUUAGAAUGAUAAAAAGCUUACCUAAAAUUAUAUGAACACUCCAAACUGAAUUUAAAUAAAAUACAAAUGCAUGUUAAAUAAGCAAAAA